AUGGACUGCAAACAUGAAGUCCAGUUUAAUGGGCUGUGUGCUAUUUGUGGUGCUAUUCUUGAAAGUUCAGAGAUAACGGAAGCCGGUAUCAAUAUGAGCCACGAUUUAAAGGGUCUGACAGUUAGCCGAAAGGAAGCCGAGAGAUUGGAGAAAGAGACAGCAGAAAGGCUGAGAAAAGACAAGAAGUUGUCAUUGAUUCUUGAUCUUGAUCAGACUAUUGUUCAUGCCACUUGGGACCCGACAGUUGGGGAGUGGAUGGACGAUGAAAAGAAUGCCAAUCAUUCUGCAACUGAAGAUAUUCGUAAAUUCACACUUGCUGGAAGUCCAUUGGUUUAUUACAUUAAAUUGCGUCCAGGAUUAUCAGAAUUCCUUGAAAAGGUCAGCCAACUUUAUGAAUUACACAUUUAUACAAUGGGUACAAGACAUUACGCUGAAGCAGUGGCGCGUGAAAUUGAUCCUCGAGGCACCAUGUUUCGAGAACGAAUUCUAUCGCGUGAUGAAAGUGGAAGUGUCACCCAAAAGACUCUUCAGCGUCUAUUCCCUUGCGAUACCUCAAUGGUGGUUGUACUAGAUGAUCGUUCUGACGUCUGGAGUUUUUCACCUAAUUUGAUCAAAAUUAAACCAUAUGAGUUCUUUGUUGGUACAGGCGACAUAAACUCCCCUUUUGGUCCCAAACAGACAGAAAAGACGGAAGAACCCAAAGCAGACCCCGAGGUUCCCAAGCCAGACGAUCCCCCAACUCUUGCUGCCCAAACACGCGAGCAGGAGGCCAUGGUAGAGGAACAAACACAGCAAAGACCCCUAGCCCAGAAACAAACUGAGCUUAAUGCACGCCAGGAACGUCCUUUGCUGGUAGACGACGAUCGGGAAUUGUAUACCAUGCUCAAGAUACUAUCCGAGGUUCACAGCCGAUAUUACAAGGCCGCAGACUCACAGACGUCGAACACAACCGCACCUGAUGUUAAGGAGAUUAUUCCGUCCAUGAAGAGUCGGAUUCUCAAGGGACUUCAUCUUGUAUUCUCUGGUGUAAUCCCUCUCCACCAAGAGCCGUCUCAAUCUUGGCUGUGGCAGCUGGCAAUAUCAUUUGGUGCAAAUUGUGAACUUGAGCUGACUGGAAAAGUUACUCAUCUUAUUGCUGCCAAGCCAGGAACCUCAAAAGUCAAAGCAGCGCUAAAGUAUGGUAAACGUAUUUCGAUUGUCACACCAGCAUGGCUAGUGGACAGUACGUCGCGGUGGGCUAUACAAGAUGAGGCGCUGUAUGGCCUUGCACAACCAUCAACCCCCCAGGAGAUAGAGAACCCCGAAUCAACUCCUCUUGACUUUGAAGAUGCGUUUGAGGAUGCCGAUAAUUCACUGGUUGAAAAUAUCGAUUGGGAUGAAGCAGACCGCGAAGUUGAGGAUUGUAUGAAUGAGAGUGGAACAGAUGUGAUCGACACAGAUUCAGAUACAGUGGAAAGUCCUUUGGGCCCACCUUUCAAAGGAAAGCGAAAGCGUUACGCAAGCGGAGAUGGUGAAGAUGAAGAAUCUGACGAGGACAGCGACCAGCCACGCAUACGCAUUCGUCGGCCAUCCCGGUCGCGUUCUCCAUUGUCAGCCAGACGCGCAGAGACAGCACAACGCGGAAGGUCCCAUCUAUCCAAAGUCACAACUGCCAAUAGUUCUGAUGGCUCAGAGUCUCCAUCAAAUGAGUCUGAUUCAUCAUCCUCUUUUCUUGAUGAUUUGGCAGGUGAACUUGAUGACGAAAUCGAUUAA